AUGUCUUGGUAUUGGAUCGAGAACCCCUGUACACACUUUAACAAAUUCUUUCGAAGAUUUUAUCACAUUCGAAUUAAUGAGCCCAGAGACUUUCAAGGAAACCCUUUGUGUGGUCGACUGCUGGAGAGAGUGUGGCAAAUGGAGUUUUACCAUGCAGCAAGGCAACUGCUUCCAAAGGAUGUACAUAUUUCUCCAGACGUUGGCGCUGUUUUUGCUUCAGAGGGCUGGAUGGACUUCUAUGUUGAUGACGAACAUGAAUGGAUGAUAGAGCUAGUUCGAGAUGGUGAAAAGCACCGAGAGAAGAUGAAGGAGGACGGGCUGUAUGGUUCAAUUCUGAAAUGUGCUAAGCAUCAUGCAAUUGUGGAUAUUAGAAGUGGAGUGGAUAGACCCCGCAACCUGAAAUCAGGCAGCUACUAUCAUCGCAAUGGGGGGGAGGGUGCAAAGAGGCCUAUAUUACUAGAUACAGGGGAGUAUGAUAAAAAGAUAAGUACCAAGGAAGUGAGAGGACAUGACUGUCAUGAGAGUCUGAAUAUGUCUGAACGUCACGGACUCUGGACUAAAAUGCCAUCCUUCAUUCACGGUUUUGACCACGCGUUUCAGUUAUCACUUAGAAUUUGA